AUGGAGACCCAGCGGCCGCGCUCGCCCACCCCGUCGGCCAUGGCCAGUAGCUUGCCGCCCGCGCCCGCGACCUCGCCCUCGCCCUCGGCCGCCGCCGCCGCCGCCCCGCUGGCCUUCGCGGGCUCCAACGAGCAGGACGUGGCGCUGGCCAAGUCCUUCUGGAACUCGGUCACCCUCCAGCCGCCGCUCGAGUCCCGGCUGGGCGCGCGGGGCGGCUCGCUGUGCAACGACGCCUCCUGCCCGCGACGGAGCUCGGCCGCGAAAACCAGCCAUUUGUCUGUUUCAUCCUCAGUGAGUGACAAAAGAGAAGAAGAGAGGCACUCGGAAACAGAGAAAGAUGUGUGGAAAGAACGCUGCCUAGAGAAGGCUAAAACGAGAGAAGACAUCAUUGCAUUACUGAAAAAACAAAGAGAAGAGCGGAUAUCGAAAGAAUCCUUAUCUCGUGCACACAAGCCAAAGGGCAAAGGGCCACAAAGGGACCAGGAAGAUAAAAGCCUCGCCGGCUGCCAGCCAAGGCCGCCCUCCGCCCCUCCCGGAUCCCCUCCAGCGGCCUCCCUCCCCUCCCCUCCCCUCCCGGCUGGCCCCCGGCCCGGAGGCGGAGCCGCUUCGCCUCGCCCGGACCAGACGCUCGGCCGCUCCCGGCGGCUGCAAGUGGCUUCGGCGGCUGCGGCCAUGUGGUUCCCGGGCUGCGACGGGGCAGCGGCCGGCGGGCUCUGGCACCUUCCGCUGCUGCUGCUGCGGCUGGGCGCCUUCUGCGAGCCGGCGGACGGCCGGGAGGCGCGGCUGCCCAGCGGAAACACCGUCUGCCUAAGAGGCACGCAACGCCCCUGCUACAAAAUUGUUUACUUUCACGAAGUUGCGCGCAGGGUUGGCUUCGAGGAAGCCCUUCAAACCUGCAGAAGGGACGGUGCAGACCUGGUCAGCAUCGAAUCCCAGUCAGAACAGGAGUUGGUUGAGAAGAUGAUCCAGAGUUAUUCACCCUCCGAUGGCGAUUUCUGGAUUGGUCUCCAGAGAAAAGAAGACCCCGGGAAUAGCACCCAAUGUCCAUCUUUAUACACCUGGACUGAUGGGAGUUUGUCCACCUUUCGAAACUGGUACAUGGACGAGCCCUCCUGUGGGAGUGAGUGGUGCGUGGUGAUGUAUCACCAGCCAUCAGCACCUGCCGGCGACGGAGGACGCUACCUGUUCCAGUGGAACGAUGAUCGAUGCAACAUCAAAAACAACUUUAUUUGUAAAUAUUCACAAGAAAAGCCGACAGUUGCCUCUGAAUUGGCUGCUUCUCAGACAGGGUACAUAACAGAGUCUUUGGCGUUCACGUCCCCAGAAACCCCCAUGGAGGAGGCUGUAGCUAACAAAACCCUCCCAGAGGCCAAAGAGCCUACUUGGAGCCUUCCAUACAUCUUGAUUUCAAGCAUUCCUGCUUUGCUUCUGUUGAUCACCAUUGCUUUUUUUAUCUUUUGGGUUUACGCAAAGAGGAGACGGGAGCAGAGAGAAGAGAACACGAAGGAGAAAGACACUUGGUCGUCUACCAAAACGCAAAACAGCCCCAGUUUAGAUAUAUAUAAUGUGAUUAAAACACAAGGGGAGGCCGAUCUUGCGGGAACGAGACCACAAACCCAAAACUCCUCUUUCCGUGUCGGUCAUGGAGGAGAAGAGCUCUGUGGAGACUAUGACAAUAUGGUGGUGAACAACUCAGAGAGUGGCUUUGUGACCUUGGCAAGCACCGAAAGCGGAUUUGUCACAAAUGACAUAUACGAACUGUGCCACGACCAAGUAGGGCAAAGCAAAGAGUCAGCCUGGGUAGAAAAUGAAAUUUAUGGAUAUUAAAAGAGCUGCUGGGUGAGAGAUGGAUUAAGGUGGGGAAUGUUCCCAUUGACACAAACUGUAGCACACAAAGACAUGGCUGUGGUAUCGCAGAGGGGUUUCCUUCCCCUCCUUGAAAGGGGCACAUGGAUCUAAACAAGUUGAUUGAUUGAUUAGAUGUCAUCAAGUUGUUUUUAAUUCUUAGCAUCUACGUUUUCUCCAUGAAGAUCUGUCCCUAGGCUAGACAUUCAGAUCUUCCACUGAUGAACCCAUCAUCUCUGUCACUGAGUCUGUCCAGGUUGUCCUGGUCAUCUUCAUCAUCAUCUUUAAAGAGGAAGGCAGAGAUCUUAUUGACCAGGAAAUGGUCUUGGGAGAACUUGUUUCCUUUCCUUGUUACAGCCUCCUGAUCAUCUAGAACCUGACAACAUUUUUUGCAUUAUUAUAAGCACAUCAACUAAUUGCUGACAUCCAGAUGGAAUUUGUGAGAUACGGCUAAAUAUAACGCAGGUUUUGUUUAUCGCCACCUGGUUUUGAUCAGCUGCCGAGAUUCCAUCUUUACCUGUUUGGCAAUCCUAAAAAAAUUUCCAGAAAGGAGGGGAAUUUCUUUCCGCUCUUCUAUUCUUCCACAUGGUAUUUUUGUAGAAUGAUCUGAGGACAAAGGAAAGGACAUGGUCUAACUACAGUAUCUUCCAUAUUGAUUAUAGACAUUUCUGUUUUGAUUCAGAGAGGGUGCAAGUGAUAAGAAACUCCUCUGCAGUUGUGGACAGAUCUGUUUCUUGGAAGCAGAAUACAAAUGGGGUAAAGUUGGCGCUAGUUUUAAAAAUAAAGAUGCCAAAGAUAAGUUUCCUUCAUAUAUCAGAUGCUUUCUGUCUCGGAUGAGACUGGCAAAUUUGAGGAAGAAGUAAUGUGCUUGUGGUUCUAACACACAGUUUCUAAUUCUGAAAUUAUGUCCAGAUUUACCUUGUUAAAAGA